CAAUGGAUAAUAUAUCAAUAGAUAUAAGUGAGGACGAAUUAGUAGCAGAAAUUACCGAAUUACGUAAACUGUUACGUACGAAAGAGGCUAAAUUAACUCAUUUGCGACGUGAAAAACAAAUUGUUCAAGAAUAUGGUUUAAACAACGAUGAAAUUUGUAGAUACAGUCGGCAGCUCUUUUUGAAAGAAGUUGGUGUGAAAGGUCAAAAGAAGAUAAAGGAGAGUUCCGUACUUAUUGUCGGAGCUGGUGGUCUCGGUUGCCCUGCAGCAUUGUAUUUAACUUGUGCUGGCAUUGGUUGCAUUGGCAUAGUAGAUUAUGAUGAUGUUGAAAUAAAUAAUCUUCAUAGACAGUUAUUGUAUACAGAAACAAGCAUAGGUACCGCUAAAGUAAUUGCAGCAGCAGAAAGUCUUAAUCGGCUAAAUAGUUACGUAAAAGUCAUUCCAUAUAUGAUUCAAUUAGAUAGUAAAAAUGCUUUGGAUAUCAUAAAAAAUUAUGAUAUUGUAAUAGAUGCUACAGAUAAUGUAGCUACGCGUUAUUUGUUGAAUGACGCAUGUGUUUUGAGUGGUAAACCAUUAGUUUCUGGAUCAGCAUUGAGAUUUGAAGGGCAUUUAUCAGUAUUUAAUUACAAUGGUCCUUGCUAUAGAUGUAUAUUUCCUGAUCCACCACCACCAGAAACUGUAACAAACUGUGGAGAUGGUGGUGUUCUUGGUGCAGCUGUUGGAAUAAUUGGUGUAUUACAAGCACUGGAGACAUUAAAAAUAAUACUUAAUAUGCCUGACAUAACUUCAGGACGGCUUUUAUUAUUUGAUAGCACAGAAACUAAAUUCCAUAAUGUACGCUUACGUCCAAAAAAUAUAAACUGUGCAGUUUGCGGGGAACAUCGCGUUAUACAUGACUUAAUAGACUAUGAAAAAUUUUGUGGUGCAAAAGCUAAUGAUAAAGAUCUCAAUUUAAAUUUAUUAAAGAAAGAAGAAAGAAUAUCAGUUGAAGAAUAUAAUAAGAUCAUGAAAAUGCAAUCAAAAUCUCACAUAAUGAUCGAUGUACGUUCAUCUGAAGAAUAUCAAAUCUGCCAUUUACAGGAUUCUAUUAAUAUUCCUUUCACACAGCUUAGCAAGGAUCAUAAUUUAAAGCUAAUAAAAGAUAAUAUAAAGAAGGUGCAAAAAGAACAUCAUUCAGUGGAUUUAUAUCUUAUGUGCAGACGUGGAAAUGAUUCACAAAAGGCUGUUCAAUAUUUGAAAAAGAUAUUUAUCGAAGAUACUUUGAAAAUAAGAGACAUAAUUGGAGUUAGACUAGUUUCUGGAUGUUUAUAAUGAGAAUCUGAUAAGUUUCUUAAUUUUUCUGCUGCUUGUUCUGGUGUUAGAUCUCUUUGUACUUGAGCUAAAAGCUCAUAACCGACCAUGUG